AUGCGUUUGUACAAACGAGAAUUCUGCCAAUCCAUCUUGAAGCGGUACAUUGAGUACUAUGGAAUGAAUCGCUCCAUUUGUGAUUGCUGUCAUACAAGUGAUCGCACGAUCUAUUCAUGCGAGGGGUGCUGCCAUCGCUGUUGUUUUAACUGUUUUAAGAAGAAGUCCUCUGUGUGCCCGGUAUGUAAUAAAGAACGAGGGAAUCUGAUAAAUGAUGAAAAUAUGAAUACUAUUCUUAGUGUUCUAGUGACUUCAAGACCUAUUGACGUGAUCAUCAACAACAGCAACAAGUAUUGCUUCCUAUCGGAUGUGAUGCGCUACUUCAUCAUCCUAAUGAACGCUGUAAAUAAUUGUUCCAUUCGCGACUGUCUCUUGCUCUAUUUCAUCAUUGACAAGAUCGAUUCGAGCCUCUUUUCGAAAUGCAUCUGGCGAGUUCCCCAGAAAAUCAUUAACUCCAAGUACCGAUUUCACGACAUUAUCGAAGUCCUCCGACCGGGAAUCUCCAUCGAGGAGGGCAACUCCUCGUUCGGUAAAGCGUUCUACAACGAACUCUAUCAGCUCCCGGGUGUUUCCCUGCCUCACCAAGAGAUCGAGCCGAUCAUCGACCUGUCGAUGCUAGAUACUCCCUCGAACGCGGAUAUAGAUUCCUCACUGAUCAGCGACUCCAAUUCCUUCUCCUCUGCACAAUCUCACAGUGAUGACCAAAAUCAGGACAUCGACUCUGCUCCAUCCAGUCCCAUCGACCCAGCGCAAGCUCGCUUUCUCUUCACGCGAGGCACGCUCUUUUCUCGCUACGGCGCCCUGCGUGACGAGCGUGUGGUGAUCUUUUCGAAGAGAACGGACCCAUCAAGCGGUCAAAUGCAGCUGUUUUCGAUCGUUCGCGACGAUCAUUAUUGCUAUUUUGGAUGGUUUGUGGACAUCAAGGCGAUCACAGGGAUCGGGUAUUUGUUCAAUGGAGACGGCUCGUAUUAUCGCGGGGAGUUUGUGGGGGGAGAGAAGAAUGGAUACGGAGAGUUUUAUUAUGAAAAUGGAAGUCAUUAUAAUGGGUUUUGGAGGCGAAAUAUCAAGCAAGGAAAUGGUCGGUUUUACUUUAAUAAGGAGUUGUAUUAUAUUGGGAAGUGGGAUAACAAUAAAAUGAUUGAAUGUGAAUUGCAAUUCUUGUUGCAAAUCAGCGAUUCCGCGCAUGUGUAUCAAUAUAUGAGGAGCAACAAUGAUCAUAUUUUCUUCAAACAAUCACAAUUCAGUACUCAUCGAUUUUAUUGA